GACACUAAAAGUCGCACUGUUUUCUCAGUGCACUGCAGAGCAGACCCACGACAAAACAGAGGCAACAGGACUUGAAACGGGGCACCGUGCGGGACGGUAGACAAGGCUGAUUAAUUAGAGAAAUAAAAGGCACGGUAAUCCAAUACCACGGUCGGGUCAGGGCGCGAGAGGCAGAGGGCACCGUUGGCUAGGCUACCUGUAGAUUUGGUCAAGGGCAUUAUCCCCGUGGGAAGCUCCUCCGUUUUACCGGAUCCUCUCGCUCCUGCGGAGGACAUGGGAAAUGUAAACGCUGUUGGAUUUUGAACUGCGUCCAUGUCCUGCCCCCCUCCGCAUCCUGGGAUAACUGAGAUGGAGCGGGUCGAGUUGGACCGGGACCAGGAGGCGGCGGAGCGGGUCGAGUUGGACCGGGACCAGGAGGCGGCGGAGCCACUCGUCCACGGGACGAACCGGAUCAGGCCCUCGUCCUACCGGGCUCUACGCAGCGCCGUGUCAAGCCUGGCCCGUAUAGAUGACUUCAUCUGCGAGAAGAUUGGCUCGGGCUUCUUCUCGGAAGUGUUCAAGGUGCAGCACCGCAUCAGUGGCCAGGUGAUGGCGCUGAAGAUGAACACCAUGGCCAGUAACCGAGCUAACAUGCUGAGGGAGGUCCAACUGAUGAACCGCCUGUCUCACCCAAACAUACUCCGGUUUGUAGGGGUGUGUGUUAAUGAGGGACAACUCCAUGCAUUGACAGAGUACAUCAACGGGGGUAACCUGGAGCAGCUGCUGGACAGUGACCGGUACCUGUCGUGGUCAGUCAGGAUGGGCCUGUCUCUAGACAUCGCUAGGGGCCUGCAGUACCUUCACACCAAAGGCAUCUUCCAUAGAGACCUCACCUCCAAGAACUGCCUGGUGCGUUGGGAGAGUGGCCAGUGUACGGCUGUGGUGGGGGACUUAGGCCUGGCAGAGAAAAUACCAGAGUACAGUGAAGGGGCAGACCAGCAGCCCUUGGCUGUAGUGGGUUCCCCCUACUGGAUGGCACCUGAAGUGCUGCGAGGAGAGAUCUACAACGAAAAGGUGGACGUAUUUGCGUACGGCAUCAUCUUGUGUGAGGUCAUCGCUAGGAUACAGGCUGACCCUGACUUCCUCCCACGCACAGAGGACUUUGGCCUGGACGUCGUGACGUUCCAGCACAUGGUGGGAGACUGUCCACCUGCCUUCCUGAGCCUGGCUGUCACCUGCUGCAAUAUGGAUCCAAAGCGCCGUCCAUCGUUCUCAGAGAUUGUAAUGGAGUUGCAGAGGAGAGAGACCGAGAGGACACAGAAAGACGAAGCUGCUCUAAAGGUUCUCGGCCCACUGCGGAGGCGCUUCCUCUGUCUCCCCGGUGACCCUCGCCUCUGCCGCAGCAAAUCAGACGUGCUCCCUCCGGCUGUGCUACCCACUCUGGCGCCUCCCACCCGUGUCAACCCCUUCUCCCUGCGAGAGGACCUAAAAGGAGGCAAGAUCAAACUGUUCGACACGCCCAGCAAGUCUGUCAUCUCUUUAACGUUCACCUUACCCAAACCCCCGGUUCCCUGUACCACCCCCUCGCCCUCAGACAGAGAGAGGGGUACCCCACGAGGAAGGCUCCACAGACGCUGCUUAUCGCUUCCUUGCACCCCCCACCAGAUCUCCUGCCCCCACCACCAAAGACAAUACCACAGAAAAAACGGGGGUAUUGCCAACUGACCUAGACGCUGGGAAUGAUGAGGGGAAUGUUGAGAACGAGAGAGAGGAGCGGGGAAUCGUGAAAGAGAGAUUUACCUUUGAGUCGAAUGAGUUCGUAGACGAGGAGGAUGUGGAGAGGAGGAAGAGCAGCGAGGGCCUCACGGGCGAUGACUCAGGGCUUCCUCUCGAUCCAGAGCUGCUGUCAUUGGACCAGCUGAGCGAGGAACAGGAAGAGGAAACUGACCAGGAAGUGGAACCUAUGGAUUGCACCAGCUCCCCUGACACUCUAGAUGGCACUCUCCCUCCACUCUCUUCUUUCCCUACUCUUCCACCUUAUUCCAAACCCUCCACCACAUUCACCAACGGCUGGGGUAAUGUUCCCCCCGUCUUCAAUGGUCCUCUAUGCCUGCCCCCCCUCCCCUCCCCCCACAUGGACAACAACAACAGCACCACAGUGGUCAUUAGUCGGCCUCUGGGAUGGCGGGGCACCAACCGGAACCACUCACCUCCUGGUAGGCCCAUUGGGGGCUCUCCAUCGCUGUUUGGUUCCGGUAAUGGUUCUGGUCCUUCUCUGGAGCAGGAGGAGAUGAUCUCGUGUCCCGGUUGCUGUCUGGUGGGUUUCCGGUUCCCUUCUCUGUGUUUCCGCACGCCCCCUCGCCGGAACCCCUAUAAGAACCUGAACGGGAACGGAGACGGUACUGGAGUCACCCGAGGGCUGCUCUAUAAAGGGCCUAAAGGGAUACCGUCCUCCCCUACCAACCCCGAGCCUGGCCCUGGUCUAGCCCUGCCUGUGGCUCAGACAUAAGAGAGAAAGAAUGCCCUAACUACAGAUCUAGGAUCAGAUUACCCAACCCUAUUAUUCUAACCUUAGUUCUUAAGAGGGAGUGACUGGGAACUGACCUUGGAUCAGUGCCUAUGGGCUACUUCAUUCCAUUCUUACAUAUAGAUGUUUACAUAGCUGCUGGUGGGAAGGCACUGUUGUGCUAGUGGUCUAUGAGUGGUGGGACGCCCUCUGCUGGACUGAGGCGGUAUUGAUAAUGCUGUACUGUAUAACCCAGUAUCACGCUAUACUGAUAAGGGGAGUGAGCUGAGGUCUCACAGAUCCCUACAGUGGAGGAAGGCUGAUAAACUAACUGAUUUUAAUAAAGAAGCAAUGACAAUACUCCCCCCUCAGCAUGACAGCACUUGUAUUGGUCAGAGCCAUAUUUAAAUGUAAGCUAAACAUGGCUUUGGUAUUGGACCAAUCCCAUGGGAUAUGUAUUUUAUGACAUUCUUCUAUGCUGUGGUCCAUGGCUCCUUUUCUGACAGUCACAGUUGUAAGUACUAUUUUUGAACGGUGGUGGUGUUGCUUCUAUGAGGAAUGUUAUGGAAUAGUGUUUACUUAUGAAAUGUUGUGAAAUAUGAAUGUUAAUAUUUAGAUGUUUGAUACUGUCUGAACGGUCGAAGGCUCAGCAGUUUGCUUUGUGUUCAGGCUGCUACACAGCUGUACGGUGCAACCUGGAGAUGCUACGUACGAAAAGGGCAAUGAAAGGUGUGUGUGAUCCGUACACUGUUCUGUUGACUGAUAUCUCGCUGUGACAUCUCUUACGGCCCUCGUGGUCCUCGGGACAAAGCACUUACUGCGUUUUUAUUUGGACUUUUUAUUCAUUUUUUUUUUGUUUUUGUUUUUUGCGAAUGAAUGGUCAAAGACCUGCUUCAGCAAAGAGAUGUACAGAUUCAUAUUAUUUAAAAAUGGCAUUGAAUAAAACUAUAGAAUGGGA